UCUCUUCCGGUGUCACCAUGUUUGUUUCAGUGUGACUUGACGCUGAGAGGAAAGGAAGGUGUCCACGAUGACAACUUUUAAAUACACAACAGUAACAGUAGCGACGGGGAUGUGAAAAUUCCCAGCUAACAAACCUUUAGCGGAAAUGUGUUUCUCUCGUUACCGCGAGUGUCGUCUACGUUUGGAAAGAGCGUAGCGUGCUAACGUUAGCUUAGCCAGCUAGCUAGCAUGAACUCGGGCUGUCGCUGCUUUUGUUUACAUCCAGUCCUGAUGAUGGGCCUGCAGAGGUGUGUUAGCUAACCCAGCUACCCGACCUGUGUGAGGGGAAGAGUCAUCCUAAAAACACCCGCACUGUGAGGACCGGGGUCGUCCAUCCAAUCUGCUGCCACCUCGGGGUGAUGGAAGUGUCCUCUCAGGAUACAUCUCUCAUGGCUAUGGACCUGUCAAAGGGCUACUCAGUCAACCCCCUCAGCCGCAGCCACACUGAAGCCAUGGACCUGGCAAAGAAGCCCGAGUGGUACCACAGACGCCCGCAGAGCUGCAGCACGGAGAUCAGCUCCUCGUACAGAUCCAGAGCCGCGUCCUCCUACAACUCACUGUCCACGCAGCUGCAUCCUGAACCGGUUGCACCUGUCCACUGUAGAGACAUGGAGCAGAGUCCGGAGUCUCUGAGCAGCUACAUGAAUUCGACGCUAGCUCCGGGGCUGGAUCUGUACCGCGAAAGAGCCCACGGUAGCCUGUGGCAUCCAGGUUUCUACGGCGGGCCCGACCAGACCGGCGGUCCGGUUCCUGAAAGCAGCGGUGGAGAGGAGAGCGACAGCGGCUCUGAUGUUAUUUUUCUCGUCUCCUCAGCUAAGGAGCCACUCUUAUGCAGUCCUUUCAUCCAAGACGGCGUGAGGCACAUUGUGGAGCCCCUGUCCCCAGCUGUGUCCUCACUGGACGAAGGGAGAGGUUGCUAUCACCUACCUCAGCCUCUGAGCUCACCCAGUCCUGACAGCUCGUACUCAGAAGACUCCUCAGACAGCUCGGUGGAGAUACCUGUACAUCAUACCCGGCCCGUAGUCCUCCUGUCAGACCUCAGUGCUGUUUACAGCAACCCCACUGAAUCUCUGGUAGAUGUUUCAAGCGACGACAGCGACGUUAUCGAAGUUUCAGUGACUAACAAAAAGAAGAAAAGCAACACCUUUCCCUGUAAGAAAAGUUUUUCUCGUAAGAAGAGUCUGGCGAGAGAAACUCCCCCUCAGAGUGAGGAGGAAAAAAAUCCACCCAGAAAAGUACGACGUAGUACCCGAAUCAGGAAACCUGUCUCUGAAACGCCUCAGUUUACCUGCAGCGUGUCUCGGCACAGUUUGAGGAGACAAGCCAAAAACGAUGCGGUGGGUAUUUAUAACGAAAGUUGUGAUUCUGACGAUGUGAUGGAGUACGCGGGGAGGUUGUCCAGCUCAGAUCUAGACGAGUCGGCCUCACAGCCAAAUGUGUCGCAAAGAGUGAGCAGUAACUCAGAGGAGUCUGGUGUGGACGUCCAGGCAGACAGGAAGUCGCCGCAGAGAGAGUCGCACGAGCAGCCGUCUCGCCGCCAAGUGUCACGUGCGAAAAGCAUCAGUCAUAAACGAAAGAAGCCCCUCACUGUUCGUAAAACUAAAAAGUUAAGAAGAACUGAACAGAAACAAAACAGCAGAGUCUCACAAGGGCAGCGUCAAAAGUCAUCAAACACAAAAACCGUCCCAAGACGGAAGAAAAAAAGGCGAACGCAGAAAAGACCUUCUGCCCAGUUUCCUCCCAGAGAGCCAGAAAUCAAGCUUAAAUAUGCAAACAUAAAAGAGGAAAAAAAGGACAAGAAAUCAGGCAGUUUUUGCCCAUUUGUUCACAUUGAGAAGAGGAUGUGCACCGUUGUCAACUAUCAGGAGGAGGAGGCAACAGUGAGGAGCAGCAGAGGACCCCAGCAGACGGCGCCCAGGUCUCUGUCGGGGUUUGUCCCUCAUACGUCCUGUUUCCAGCUCGGCCGCUUUGGCUCGGACAGCAAGUGUCAGGACUCGCUGCUGUGCUGCCUGUGCGGUCAGACGGCCAACGCCAUGGGCCUCGGGGACCUUCACGGCCCGUACUAUCCGAUUAGCUCGUCCGUGGACUGCCAGAACCACAACCAGCAGAACUGCAGGACUGAGCAGAAAGAGGAAGAACAGGUGCUCGUCAAACGACAUGCAGUGAAUUCCUCAGAGGAUGGUUGCGGUGAUUUCGACGACUCUGCUGUCAAAGGUUUGCUCGAGAACGACAACCACUCUCUCCCAAAGGUGCCUCUUCAUCUGGACGAGUGCUGGAUCCACGAGGACUGCGGUAUCUGGUCCGCUGGCAUCUUCCUGGUCAGAGGGAAGCUGUACGGGUUGGAGGAGGCGGCCCGGCUCGCACAAGAAACGAAAUGUUCAGCGUGCCAACAAACGGGUGCAAUAAUGGGAUGUUUCCAGAAGGGCUGUCCCAGAAACUAUCACUACAGAUGUGCCGUUCAGUCAGGCUGUGUCUUAACUGAAGACAACUUCUCCAUCAGAUGUCCAGAGCACAAGAACAAACCGUUCACGAGUGUCACCAGACAACAACACAAGAGAUGACGCGGAAGACAUUUGGGGGCACUGGAGAAUGAUCCACAGAUCUCCUCAGGGUGCGACGUGAUCUGCCUGAUUUCACCUCUGAAGUUUUAUAACACUAAUUAACGUGAGCGUGUUUGCUCGAGCAGAAGGCGGACCUUCUGGUGAGAUUUCACUCGACCUCACAGACAGAUCAACCAGGGGCCACUUAAGGAUUUUUAUAAGACACAUCUUUGUUUUGUUGUAUUUCUAUGGGUUGUGUGUGUGUGUGUGUGUGUGUGUCUGAUUGUGUGUGUGUGUGUGCGCAUGGGAGUGUGUAUGGCUAUUUAUUCCUCUUCUUGAAGACUCACAAAUACAGUUUAUUAAUUGAACAUAAUAGGUAUAUUAGAGUUUAAAUGAGCUUUAUUGAUUUGUUGUAUAGUAUAUGAUAUCUUUAUAUAAGAACACUUCUUUUCUUUCUUCAGGUUUUGUACUACUUUUCUAUUUCUAUUACUGUUCAUCUUCACAUAACCAACAUAAUUUAUUUACAUUGAUUUGCAUGCACAGUUGAUGUUUGCUACGAUGCACUUUAUAGUAUAAUUUUAAUUAUUUAUGUCUAUUUGUAGACUUUGUUCUUCCAUUUUUACUAAAAUUAUUUAAAUGUAAUAUAAAGCUGCACUAAGAUUAUAUAGAAAUAUGAAAUUCACAAAGUAGGGCUGCUACAGAGAACAUCCCGACCCCUUAAAGUGAGACCGCAAACUGUACAAUCGCCGCAUUCAAGCAGAUUUAUUUCUGGUGUCGGGUUUAGAUGCUUCUCUGCUCACAGGAUGCAGAAACUUAAGAUUGACAAACAGAACAAAAUGUCUCCUAAACAGAAGCGAGAGUUCAUUUCAGUUUAGAAAAAGAUGCAUCAACGUCUAGUGGCCAAGCAGAAAUCAGAAAAUGUAAAGUUUUAAAGGGUCAGUUCAAUAAAAUCGCAAAAAAACAAAAUCACUUAACCCAACUCAACUAAUCCCAGUUUCUCAAAUGAGAGGAUUUGCUGCUGUUCUCUUUAUCAUCUCAUUGUAAAUUGAAUAUUUUGUGGACUGUUGUUCAGUAUAAACAUUGUUGGAACUGCAGUACCUUAUUUUGAGCGCUUCUGGGGGGAUGUAAACAGGAAAUCUAAUGUUGGCAUGAAUUCAGUAUGUUAGCUCUGGGCUACAGCUUGAGACUAACACAGACUAAAAAGCCUGUAUUUGUUUACAUUUUUGGCAAAUUAGCACAAUUAAAAGUACGCUGAAUGAGCUAUUAGCAAUCGCUGUUUGCAGCGUACAGACAUAUAUGACUGGAUUACUUUGAUACGUGCUACCACUGAAGUAAGUUGGAAAAUGUUUUUGUGAUUUGGGUGAAUUGACCCUUUAAGAUAUGGUAGCCAUGUAGAGCUGAAGUCGCCUAGUGCAGCUUUAAGUGUCCAUCUUUGUAUGAGCUUUUGUAUUUCAGUUCAGGAGUUGUUUCUAAAAAUUGAGGGUUUUAAGUAAAUUGUCAGAGUUUGGUUUUAUGUCAGCACUUUUUAUUAUUUGAGGAAUAAAAAUAUUAUUAAUGUUGUUUUAAUAAAAGUCGAUAAAACUGAA